CAACCGUUCGUUUGAUUUUCACCAUUUUGUGGCCGUCGUCGGAAAAGUUUUGUACCAGUUUGCGUUCGCAGUGCAGUUCGUCCAUUGUAACAAUGUCCAAAGAUGAAGAAAUUCACUGCAUGCCGGCAAUGGUUUACGAUCCGUCGACGAAAAUUCACUACCAAAGGGGACGAUAUUUCGGCAAGGGCGGAUUCGCUAAAUGCUACGAGAUAAUCAACAUGAAAGAUAAAAAGGCGUUCGCCGGCAAAAUAGUCUCGAAAACGUUGAUGGAGAAACAGAACCAGAAAGAGAAAAUGACGCAGGAGAUCCACAUCCACGCGUCACUGCAGCACAAGAAUGUGGUGCAGUUUUACAGUUUUUUCGAGGACAAAGCCAACAUUUACAUUGUUCUGGAGCUGUGCAAAAAGAGGUCCAUGAUGGAGCUGCACAAGAGACGCAAAGCGCUGACCGAGCCCGAGACGCGGUUUUACAUGCGGCAGAUAAUAGAAGGGGUGCAGUAUCUGCACCAUCAGCAGAUUAUCCACAGGGACCUGAAGCUGGGCAACUUGUUCCUGGAUGACGAAUUGCACGUGAAAAUCGGUGAUUUCGGCCUGGCCGCGAAAAUCGAGUACGAUGGAGAGAGAAAGAAAACGCUAUGUGGUACCCCAAAUUACAUCGCGCCCGAGAUUCUCAGCAAGAAGGGCCACUCGUUCGAGGUGGACAUCUGGUCGAUCGGGUGCAUAAUGUACACCUUGAUGGUGGGUAGGCCGCCCUUUGAAACUUCCAGCCUGAGAGAGACUUACUCGAAGAUCAAGAAGUGCGAUUACAAGAUCAACUGCAAUAUUUCGAGAAGCGCGAAACAUAUGAUCAUGAUCAUGCUGCAGUCGGACCCGGGCAGGCGGCCCAAGAUCGAGCAGUUGGGCAAACACGAAUUCCUCUACAACGGUUUCUGCCCGCAGGGGUUGCCGGUCAGCUGCCUGACGAUGUCGCCCAGGUUCAAUCAUAUCGAUCAGGUGCAGCACAGCCCGAGGAGGGGCCCCCUGCUCGAGAUCAACGACAACCCGAAUAUGGUGUCGCCGCAGAAGCACAACUCGAUCGCGGCCGGGCUGGCCGGCGUAAUGGUCCCCGCCCAUCAUUUCGACGCCAACCAAAAUUUCAAGUCCCUCAGGCAACUGCUGAUCCAGGCGAUCAAGUCGAAACCGACACUCCACAAGAAGGUCAACGACGAGAUGUCGGACCCGGCGGCCCAGCCGACCGUUUGGGUGUCGAAAUGGGUCGACUAUUCGGACAAAUACGGUUUCGGGUAUCAGCUUUCCGACGAAAGCGUCGGCGUCAUGUUUAACGACACCUCCAGACUCAUACUGCUCUCCAACGGGAUCAACGUGCAGUACGUCGACAAGAACGGGUACGAGUCGUAUAUGACGGUCGCCGACUAUCCGAAACAGUACGAGAAAAAGAUGAAACUGUUGUCGUACUUCAACCGGUACAUGCGCGAGCACCUAAUGAAGACGGGGGCGGGCGUCGUGAAGCAGGCGGACUCGAUGUCGCGGACGCCCCACCUCCACCAGUGGUGUCGCUCGACGUCGGGCGUCCUCAUGCAGCUCAACAGUGGCACCGUGCAGAUAAACUUUGGCGAUCACACGAAGAUCAUCAUGUGCCCCCUGAUGCAGGCGGUGACCUUCAUCGACGAGGAGCGAAACUUCCGCACCUUCAGGUUUGGCUCGAUCGAACAAUUGGGCUGCCCCGCGAGUCUGUUCGAAAAAAUGCGUUACGCUUACGAUAAAAUAAACGUCCUCCUAGAGACUGAAUAGACUAGUAGCUACGAAUUAAGGAUCAGGUCAAAUUCAACCGCCCUUUUUUUCAUAUUAUUAUAUUUAGUUUUCUUUUUAUAUUGAAUGUUCUAUGUCUCUAUUAUAUGAUUUUUGAAAAUGUUUCGUUAAUUUGAGUCGUCUGGUCCGCUUGGGGUGAAAUUAAAUCCUCUCGCCCUCGUUUAGUGAUCUAUAAAAUUAUUGUAAAAUUUUUUGUUAUCUCUCGUCCCAGUUCCGUUAAAUAAACUUGUACGUAUUUUUCGCAUUUACGGAUGUUUAUUUGCCUCC